AUGUACAAUUGGCAAAUAUCCCGCUUGACGUGUGUGUGACUAACCGUUGCUUCAGCGCCAACCGCGGCGUCACGGCUGGCGUACUUCGCGCCGCGGUACUACCCGCCUAUGCUGGCCACUGCCAACGAUCUAUUAGUGCAACAGCAAGCGCUGCAGACUUCUGUGAACCAGCUGGCCGGCCAGUCUAUAGGCGGCGGUUUCGGUCUGGGUUUGGGUCUGAACACGCCGCUCCAGCAGGGCUUAGCCGCGCAGAACUUUGGCCUGCAGCAGAACAUCAAUCUCGCGUCGCAGAAUUUCGCGCUCAAUCAGAAUCUUAUGGGACAGAAUCUUGGACAAAACUUAGGUCUAGCCGGACAAAACUUAGGUUUAAGUGGUCAGAAUCUCAUCGGCGGGCAGAACCUCGGGUUGGGUGGGCAGGCGCUCGCGCUGGGCGGGCAGAACAUCGCGCUCAUGGGGCAGAACCUAGGGCAGCUCGUGGCGCAGCGCGCCGUGCACAGCGCGCUCGCCCGCCGGGCCGUGCAGAAUAUGGAAAUGGGCAUGACAAACGUAAACUCGACGGGCUCGACGCAACCGAGCACGCCCAACAAGAGCCACUCGUACAACGAGUACAUGAUGACGCUGCAGAACAAACUCUCCUCUAUAUCGAACAGCGGCCCGGUGUCGCCGCAGUCGCCGCUCGAGUACAGCCCGGCGCUGUCGCCGACGCACCGCCACGCGGCGCCGGACCACAAGGCGGAGGGCGGCGCGGCGGAGGGCGCGGAGGGCGCGGAGGGCGGCGCGGCGCGGCACGCGGCCCGCCUCGCGCACCUCGACCACCAGCUCAGCAAGAUCAGCCUGCACUACAAGCAUCACGCGGACAAGGAUGUUUACAGUGAAGUGCACAGCGCUGAUGAAAUGCUGGCCGGUGGAAUUAACGAUAGCGCUGUCAAUACUUAUGAAGAAGAUGUGAGCGGUUCGCUGGAGGGCGGCGCGCUGAGUCGUCGGUUUCGCGUGUCGAGGGCGACGCCACUCAGAAACUACGCGCUGUGCCGCCUGCUGCCCGAGCACUUGCAUGGCAAGGAGAAACUCGAUCUAGUCCAAUCGCAAGAGGGCACCGUCGUCGAGGGCGGUGAGGGCGAAGGGGAGGGGGAG